AUGAAGCAGAGUUUAUGGACGUCGUUCAUUUCAUGCCGAUUAGCAGCCUUGUUUCUCAGCAAGGAUGGACUUCUAGUUCUUACUGGAGCUGCUUCAGCGAUUAAACCUUCGCCAGGUAUGAUCGGAUACGGAGUGGCCAAAUCUGCUGUGCAUCAUUUGACAAAAAAUAUGGCCCUUCCAGAGAGCGGUCUGCCGGAACAUGCGACAGUAGUCGCAAUUUUGCCGGUGAUGCUGGACACCAAAGCAAAUCGUCAAUCAAUUCCCGAUGGUGACAUUUCGUCGUGGACGCCGCUGAAGUUCGUUAGCGACUUGGUCUUUGACUGGGCUGCGGAAAAAAUCAAGAGACCGAAUUCUGGGUCUCUGAUUCAGCUGAUCACUGCAGACAACAAAACUGUGCUUGAAACUUGUGACCGUUAA